AUGGGUGAAUUUCCAAAUUAUUCCUGCCAAGGAAGUAAUAAAUUUGCAGGAUUAAUCGGAAAUCUUAGAACGGCUACAAUCCAAGUGGUGGAGAUCCUCAGGCUGUACGGAUACCCGCAGAUCAGCUAUGAGGUAUCUGACGCACUGGUCAGUGACGGGGCGCUGUACCCCAACUACAUCCAACUAUUUCAAGGAGAUCAGAUUCAAUAUGAAAUGAUUGUGAAGUUGCUGAAACAUUACGGAUGGAACUGGGUUGGAAUAAUCACAUCACAGGAUGAAAGUGGAGAGCGGGAGCUCCAGGAGCUCAGCCACGUGCUCACCAGCCACGGGAUCUGCAUCGAGCUCAUUAUUAAAAUGUCUGUAACAAUGGAAGGAACCCAUAAGGAUCUGGCCGUUAUUGAGAAGUCAACAUCACAGAGCACGCUGCGAGACUCCACAACUCAAGCAAUCUUGAACACUGUCAAACAUCAUAAAGAUGGCGGAUGUCUUCGGCAGCUUCGCUUAGGAGGCUGCAACAAGUGGGAGCUGAACCCGUUCUGGAGUCCACCGGAGGAACUACGGUUGCCUACACAACCGGGAGAUGCUACCGCAGACCUCCGAACCAAACAACUCGGUGAAAACUGCCAGACAUGCCCAGAUAACGAAUGGCCUGACGAGAAAAAAGUGAAGUGUAUUCCUAAGACUUACGACUUCCUGUCAUACAAAGACGAUAUAAUGGUUCCAAUUUUUUUCUUUAUCAGCGUUUUUUUUUUAAUCUUGAGUUUCUUUGUAUUGGGUAUUUUUAUCCUGUACUGGGACACUCCUACAGUUAGAGCCAAUAACAGGAACCUCAGCUUCCUCCUCCUGGUCUCCAUCAUCUUGAGCUUCCUCUGUGUGUUUCUGUUCCUCGGUCGUCCUGAGGAUGUAACCUGCAUGCUGCGACAAACUGCUUUUGGGAUCAUCUUCUCAGUAGCUGUGUCCUGCGUGUUGGCCAAGACCUUAAUGGUUUGCAUCGCUUUCAAGGCCACCAAACCUGGGAGUUACUGGAAAAAAUGGAUGGGAGCCAAAGUGUUCAACAUAAUAGUUCUGAUGUCUUCCUCCAUUCAGGUUUUCAUUACCAUUAUUUGGUUGGCCAUUUCUCCUCCUUUUCAGGAGCUGGACAUGCACUCAUACAGUGAAAAGAUCAUUGUUCAGUGUAACGAGGGCUCGGUCAUCGCCUUCUACUGUGUCCUGGGUUAUUUGGGGCUUCUGGCAGCUGUUAGUUUUAUUAUAGCUUUUUUAGCCAGGACAUUACCGGACAGUUUUAAUGAGGCCAAGUACAUCACCUUCAGCAUGCUGGUGUUCUGCAGCGUUUGGAUUGCGAUGAUCCCGGCCUAUCUGAGCACCAAAGGAAAAUACAUGGUGGCCGUAGAGAUUUUUGCUAUAUUGGCAUCAACUGCUGGGUUAUUAAGCUUUAUGUUUUUACCAAAAUGUUACAUUUUGCUAAGAAAAACAGAGAUAAACAGAAGACGUCUAUUAAAGUAA